GGAUUGCACAACAGAUACAAGGGUUAGAACCAGAAACACAGUGCUUUGCUUUUGCCUUUUUAAAAGGGGAGAUACAGGAGUGGGCUCAUGAGCCGAAGAAAGAUGCCCUCCCGCCCACAAGCAUCGGAUCACACAUGAGGUGCAGCACCCACCUCUCCCAGGAGAAAUAAAUUCGAGUGAAUGUGAAAGUGCUUUAAGAAAAGAGGAAGUGCCGGGGGAACUGGAAGCCAGCACUGUGGACACCCUCAUAAACAUGCCUUUUGCUACUGUGGAUAUUCAAGAUGACUGUGGGCUCACUGAUGUGCCUCAAAUAAAUUCGAAGAGAAGCAAAGAAAAUAAAGGCAGCAAGAAUGAUCACAUAAAGAAGAGGAAAAAACCCACAAAAGAUUAUCAACCCAACUAUUUCUUGUCCAUUCCAAUUACCAACAAAAAGAUUACAGCUGGAGUCAAGGUUUUGCAAAAUUCCAUACUACAACAGGAUAAGCGACUGGCCAAAGCCAUGGUUGGCGAUGGCUCCCUUCAUGUUACCUUGCUAGUGAUGCAGUUAUUAAAUGAAGACGAGGUGAACGUUGGUACCGACGCGCUUCUGGAAUUGAAGCCAUUCAUCGAGGAAAUUCUUCAAGGGAAGCACCUGACUUUGCCCUUUCAAGGCAUUGGCACUUUCGGAAGUCAGGUUGGCUUCGUGAAGCUGGCAGAUGGGGACCAUGUCAGUGUGCUUCUGGAGAUAGCAGAGACUGCGAAGAGAACAUUUCAAGAGAAAGGCAUCCUGGCUGGGGAAAGCAGAAGUUUUAAGCCUCACUUGACCUUUAUGAAGCUCUCAAAAGCACCGAUGCUCUGGAAGAAGGGAGUGAAAAAAAUAGAGCCUGGAUUGUAUGAACAAUUUAUCAACCACAGAUUUGGAGAAGAAAUCCUGUACCAGAUAGACCUCUGUUCCAUGUUGAAGAAGAAACAAAGUAACGGCUAUUAUCACUGCGAGUCUUCGCUUGUGAUUGGUGAGAAACCAUUUGGAACCCAAGACUUAAUCAAUGAAGCUUUGCGCCGAGAAAGGAUGGAGCUGAAGUCCAAAGUGAAACAGAUAAAGGAACUUCUGAGACAGCCUGAGAUUCAGGCCAAGAUAAGGAAGGAGCUUUUUGAAGGGAGAGUUUUUAAUAAUGGGAAUCAAGUAAAUGAUGCUGAUUUCAGCACGACUUUGCCAUAGUCUCCAGUGCUGUUAUGCAUGGUGAAAGUUUAUGAACUCUCAGCCCACUAAAUAGCUCUUUGGUAAAUAACCAAAGUGUUCUUACAGUUUCUACAAAGCCCACAAACCAACAUUUGGUAAGGAAUUAACAACUUCUUGCCAAAGAGAACAUAUUUUUGCCUUAUCACCGUUUUCAUCAUCAUCAUUAUAAAACUCAGCUAAAGUUGAGUUUUAUAAUGUUUGUUUUGGUAUUGCUGACUCAUUUUAUAGAAAUAACUUCUUAAUUAGCUGUUGUGAGAUAGUCCAUGGGUCCUUGAAGAUAAAAAAAUAACAGACUAUUAAAAAGUCUAUUGUAGGCAAAAACAACAAAACAAAGCAAAACUGACAACAGUAUUCUGAGGGUCACCUGCCUCCUGUUGAUAUGGCCCUUGUUACUUCAGAACAGCCACUGGGCUGUUCCAGUCUCUUGUUACUUUUGAUGAAAAUUUGAAUGCUUAUUGAAUACCAGUACUUGAAUGAACAUUUCUAAAUGUUAUCAUUGCAGUCACUGGUUAAGAAUGUCUUAUAAUAUCCAUAUGUAUUCUUUUUCACUGAUGAAAAUGUAUUUGUUUUUUUCAUUUCUUAGUGAACAAUGUUCAGGGUUUUUUAUUUUCCUCAUCUUUGAAGAUGAGCCCCAAGUCUUCACAGUUUGAAUAGCUUGUUGCAUCCGUUCAUUUUAAAAAGAGCAUUCUUGGAAAUGUUUCUCCCCAGGCAAUGUUUAUUUGUAACAGUUUUUUUUUUUUUGGUUGUCAUUUUAAAAUUGCUGCUACUAAUAGAUGAUUGGGAAAGGAAAUGAUUAGAGAUUAAAUAUGUAAUCAUCUCACAUAUACAAUCCAGUUUGCUCGUGAAUUUUGGCUAUUUUUUUUUCCACUGGGUAAAUAAUACUUCCUUAAUUCAUAAUGUAUUACUUUGUAAGUUCCUACAUUUUCAUACCCCUUAAUAAAUAUGCUAUUUCCCUUG